CAUCUUUUAUUCAUCAACAUCAUGGCCCAUACAUACCCAUAUACAUCCCCUUCUAUAAAAAAGCCACUUCCUCCUCUCCAUUCCGCAACAACAAAAACUGUUUUUACAAAUUGAAAAGAAAAAAUACGCAAAUUAAAAUUAAGAGUUAGUUACGUUACUAUAUAUUGUUAUUUAUUAUUUUAUGGCGCCCAAGGAUAAGAACGGUGGCGUUAAAGUGAACGGUAACGUUAACGGCGUCGUUAAAGAGGUUCAUUUUCGAGGAGUCAGGAAGAGGCCAUGGGGAAGAUACGCCGCCGAGAUUAGAGAUCCGGGAAAGAAGAGCCGCGUUUGGCUCGGCACUUUCGACACGGCGGAAGAGGCUGCACGAGCCUACGACACCGCCGCACGUGAUUUCCGUGGUUCUAAGGCUAAAACUAACUUCCCUUACCCUUCCGAAAAUAUAAAGAUCCAAAGUACUAGCCAAAGCAGCACCGUUGAAUCCUCCAGCCGCGACCGUGACGCCGCCGCCGAUGAAUCUUAUCCGCUUGACCUUAACUUAUCCCCCGCUAUCAACGGCUCCGUUCAGUUUCCUUUUCAGCAUCGUUUCCCGUCGAUGCCGCCAGCUGACAAGUUUUUUUAUUAUGACACCGUCGUACGCGCCGGCAUGGUGAAUUCCCGUCCUUGCAAGGGCUACGGAUACGAUUACAAUCGUCCGGCGGCGGUGAGUUUGUUGGAUGUGACGACAGCACAAAGUGACUCCGAUUCGUCGUCGGUGAUCGAUCUGAACCACCGUGAAUACGAUUAUAAGGCAGUUAGAAAGUUCGAUCUCGAUCUUAACCAUCCUCCUCCGAUGGAUAUGGCAUGAAUUUUCGGAAUCUCACUUUUCAGUUUUUUUUGUUUUCAUUUUUGCGGAUUAUGAAUUUCUCUUUAGUUUUUAUAAGUAGAGAAUACAUCAACGUCCGAAAAAGAAGAAGGAGGAAGAAAUAUGUGUGAAUACAUAUAGUCGAUUGUCUCUAUUUUUUGCAACAGUAAGAAACCAGCGGUUUCAAUCUGUUGUUUCGAAAUCAUUACGAAACUGUUCUCCAGUUUUUUUUUUCUCUUUUGAAUUAAAUGAACUAAGAUGUAAUGUUUUUGGUUAAUUUGAAACCAAGUUUCGUGUAAUGAAAUUAACACUGAGAAUUUGCAGUAUUUGAUUAUUUAUUACUA